UUAUCUUUAGUAUGACCCUCGCACAAACCAUUCCCACAUUUUUCGGCGUAUUAUUCAAUAGAGAAAUUAUAACUGAAGAUCAAAGAACUCCAUUCCACAAAUGAACAGCAUUGGCGAGGAUUGCAAUGAGCUGAAGAAGCAGUACGACGCCUGCUUCAACAGCUGGUUCUCGGAAGGAUUCCUAAAGGGUCAGACGGAUGACUCGGGCUGCGCGCCGAUUUUCCGUGUUUAUCAGGAGUGCGUCAAGCGCGCCAUGAGGGAGCAAAAAAUUGAGCUGCGGGAGGUCGGAUCUGAGUAUAAUACGGGCUCGGAGUACGACAACGCUAACAAUUCCGGCGGCAAAACGCAGCAAAAGACCAAGAGUUGAUCCAUUACACAGCUCCAGCAUCCUGGCUACGACCUUGAGUCCACAGUUGGCUAGAAGCCGGGACACAAUGACCUCACCGGUAACCUGCGCCGGCACCAGAGCGAAGGAACGGCCUGGGUUAACCACGUAACAGAGGCAGCUUUGGUUUAGUUCCAUGACUCGUAUCCGCAAAGCUAUAUCUUAUGUAAAUUAUUUAGUGAAUGUUUUAUAAUUAAGUUCAAAUAGCGAACUAUAAAAAGUGUUAUAUUCAGACAAAA